GUGGAUUCUGAAUGGAAGGAGUCGAGGGAAUGGGUGUCUUCCGUGGACGCUGUGUCUUCCUAUACGUCUUCUAUUGAUGACAGGCAUAGGACAACUGAACAAGCCACCUCAGACUCAUCAUCAAGGGCAUUGUGACUCGCAGUGAUUAAAGGUUGUCACCUUCCUGUCUGAGAGCUGCGUAGCUGGAGAAGAAUGUGUUGAGAAGGGCUCCAUGGAACAGGGUACAUUUACGGGACCUUGCCAUCAAUGAGGAGACCAGGACUUGUGACUGACAGAGGAAGCUUUGACAACAACACAACCUCAGACAAAAGAACAAUGAUGCGUAUCCAGGGUCAGACUGACUGGUAGACUGGUAACCAUCGCCAUGGCGUUUUGCAACGGCAGCCUGCUGGCUAGGUGUGCCCCCCUGAUGGAGCCGGACGAGGAGGAAGGGGUGGUGAUUUCGCCGCCGCCGCCGCCAGGGGUUGGGGCUACUAGUCCCCUAAUGCCUGUCACCCUGCGUGUGAUGCUGGCCGCCAUCAUGAUCUUCAUGAUCACCAUUGGUUUCCUGGGCAACGCCAUCGUGUGUCUGAUCGUCUACCAGAAGCCCGCCAUGCGUUCCGCCAUCAACCUGCUCCUCGCAACACUGGCGUUCUCUGACAUCAUGCUCUCGCUGCUUUGCAUGCCCUUCACUGCCGUUACCAUGGCUACAGCUGACUGGCGCUUCGGGGGAGGGUUCUGCCGUGCUUCCGUUAUGCUCUACUGGCUCUUUGUCCUGGAAGGCGUGUCCAUCCUCCUCAUCAUUAGCGUAGACCGCUUCCUCAUCAUCGUUCAGCGGCAGGACAAGCUGACGCCGCACCGCGCCAAGCUGCUCAUCGUCGCUUCCUGGGCGCUGUCCCUCUGUGUGGCGCUCCCGUCCGUGAUCGGCUGGCGGGCGGGCGCGGCGGGGGUGAUGGGCAUCAGGGAGGCCUGGGCACCACAGUGCGUGCUGGGCUACAGUGAGUCGCUGUCCGACCGCAGCUACACGGUGCUGCUGGCAGUGGCUGUGUUCUUUGUGCCGUUCGGCAUCAUGCUCUACUCCUACCUGUGCAUCCUCAACACGGUGCGCCGCAAUGCCCUACGCAUCCACAACCACACCUCUGACCAGGCCAGCCUUCCAGCCCUCAACCAGGUCAGCAAGCUGGGCCUUACCGGCCUGCAACGGCCCCCCAAGGUCAACAUGGACAUGAGCUUCAAGACCCGGGCCUUCACCACCAUCCUCAUCCUCUUCAUCGGCUUCUCUGUGUGCUGGCUGCCCCACACUGUUGUCAGUCUGCUGGCUGUGUUCAGCCGAAGGUUCUACUUCAGCCCGGCUUUUUACCCUGUCAGUGUGGGGGCACUUUGGCUCAGCUACCUGAAGACGGUUUUUAACCCUGUCAUCUACUGCUGGAGGAUCAGGAAGUUCCGGGAGGCGUGUCUGGAGUUUAUGCCCAAGAGCUGCAGGCUGUGUCCCAGGUUGCCGGGCCGGAGCCGCAGGAGGGUGAGGCCCAGUAACAUCUACGUGUGCAGUGAGACCCAGUCGGCUGUGUGAGGAACUAACGCUCCCUCUGAGAACACUUUCUGGUAACAGUGUAAAGCAGAGGUCACCAACCCUGGUCUUGAAGAGCAACAGGGUGCUCCACUGGUGUGAAGGACCUGAUAUACCCGCUAUAUGAUUUGUUAAGACAUCAACAUGUCAGCAGGAUAGACAGCUUGCUGCUGAAACAUUGCUGUCUUCUGAUUUUUUGUAUUUAUCUGAGCAAGAGUAGUCAGGACAGUACAUUCUUGUAUUUUUACCUCCCGA